AUGACUUGCUGCGAGCCAGCAAAGUGGAAGCGAGAAGAAAUUGCAGACCACAAGUUUGACUAUGUCGAUGUCGAUGACUUUGUAGAGGACAGCCCCAUGGCCAAGUUCUCCUACUCAUUUGUGUUUUUGUUCACCCUCAAGUCCAUUCUAGUAUACAUGGCUGAUUUGGGUGUGUUGGUCCUGCUGCUGCAAAGCGGAGCCGUCACUUCUCUCUUUGACUCGGCCAACAACUCUACCAACAUCAAUGGUUUGCCCUCGACUCCGAGUGGAAACGCCCUUUUUUGUGACGGCACCAACGAGCCUAGUUCCUCUGCUGGACAGUGGGUCAAGAACAACCCGCAUAUUAUUAUUGGUGUCAUUGCUGCUUCAAUUGCCCUCUCUUUUAUCCUAUUGCUUUUUGAAUGGAAAAAGGCCAUGGCUAUUAUUCGAUCAAGAGAUAUUUCGUAUGCUUUUACUUCAACAGUGGCCUAUCGCUACUACACCAUCAGGUCUUUUCCCCAUUACUGUGUUUUUUCACAAAUUCAGAACUCGAGAAAGACGACUGAUAUCGUCGCAUUCUUCGUUUUUUUCCGAUUCAAAGGAUGGAAACGAUUGUUGCUUGCUGAAUUUCCUCGUCAAUUUCUAAAUGCCAUCAGUAUUCUGGUCACACUCGAUUCGUGCACCAAAAAAGACUUUCAAAACGACUUUCUUUUAUUCAGAUUAGGAAAAGCGUAUGGAUCUGCAAUGCAGCUUUCUGGAUCAGAAGCCAAUACCAAAAAAGCCACACUAAUUCUGUCGACCAUCACUGUCACAAUUUGGAUUUUUAGUGCUAUUUCUUUGCUGCUUGCAUUUUUCAUGUAUAUUCCUCUACUCUGUACAAUUCGUGGUAACCUAAAAGAGUACUGUGUACAUAAGAUUGACAAAAGAAUUGGCGAGUUGCUGCGUCGCAAGUCUCGGAAGCGAAUCAUGGAAGCCCGCAAGGCAGAAAUGAAGGAGAUUGAAGCUAAUCGUCGCAGGAUUGGAGCCGGUGGUGAGAGUAAAACUACUCCUCCAGUUGGGCUUUCUCAAAGACCAACGCUACCGGAUAUCGAUGUCGAUUUAGAUAGCACAUAUUCAGGGAGCUAUAUGCGCAAAAACGUCACUAACCCACCUUCUAGCUACUCUAAUAUUAAUCCUCGAUCUUAUGGCGAGGCGCCAUAUCCAUUGCAACCACCACCUCAUAUAGUGGGAUAUACUACUGCACCCUCUGCAUACUCUAGCCAUGCACCGUCUGUUCAACAGUCGCAAACUCCUUCACAAUAUCCAAGACCUCGAGUUGUGUCUGAAUACGCUUAUUCUCCCGCACCUGCGGCUGGACCUUAUGGUGGCAGUGCAGCACAUAUACCCUCUUAUCCCAUCCACAGUGAUUACAGUGGCAGUGAUUAUGGUGGCGAACCAGACCCAGAUUCACACCAUGAUAAUCGUGGUAUAUCGUCUCAAUAUGCCAACACAAACAAUGCGUCAGUGUACAGCUUAAGAGGCAGGUCAUAUAUUCCACCUUCAGCUGGUACAUCGGCUUCGCACCACGGAAAUACUUAUGCAGGUGGUGCACAACAGCCGUAUCAACCGCAGACGACUAAAUAUGAUAUAUAUGCCAUGACACCUAAUCCAGGCGGGAUGGCAAACCGAACGCACAUGUCGACUUCACAGCCUUAUCACCCAUCUGCUAAUAGAAGCGACUCUAGUCAUGGUGACCCACCCAACUAUGGAGGAAACUAUAGAUGAUUUUUACCAAUCUCUUUUUCUAUUUUAUUACAUGGAUACCUGUUUAAUUGUCGUCGUAAAUGAAGCCUUGUUUAAUUUUUAG